AUGUAUACUAAGGUACUGCCUGUGGAUCCUGAAUCUAUUCGGUUUGAUCCUGAUGAUAUUAAUAAGCCACCCUCUAUUGCAAGUCCAUCGAGCACUUUGGAUAACUUGAAUGAGGCCGUGAAAAUAUUACAGACUAGUCACGACCCGGUGGCAUUCCCUACCGAGACAGUUUAUGGUCUAGGGGCGUCGGCAUUAGACACAGAGUCUGCUAGAGCAAUAUACACUGCCAAGAACAGGCCAGCUGAUAAUCCUUUAAUUAUCCAUGUCUCUUCCAUUGAACAGCUUGAGAGACGGUUGCUACCCGCUGGAGAGCGAGUUCCUGAAAUAUAUAGGGGGCUAAUUAACAAGUUCUGGCCUGGCCCUCUAACUAUUAUUCUCCCAGUACCUGACCCUACAGCCAUUUCGCCCGUCUGUACCCAUGGCCAAAGCACAUUUGCUGUUCGAUUACCAGCCAAUCCAGUAGCCCGCGCACUAAUAUCACUGUCUGAUUUGCCCCUGGCUGCUCCUUCUGCCAAUGCCUCUACAAAGCCAAGCCCGACCCAGGCUCAACACGUAUUUACCGACUUAAAAGGAAAGAUUCCACUUAUUCUUGAUGGGGGAUCUUCUGAUAUUGGUGUCGAGUCAACAGUAGUGGAUGGAUUAAGCAACCCGCCAAUGUUGCUGCGGCCUGGUGGUGUAUCUAUCGAGCAAAUUAGGGAGUUCGGCGGUCCUUCAUGGCAGAAUGUCGUGGUUGGUCGAGCGACUGCGAAAUCUGAUGAGGUGGUUAGGACCCCAGGAAUGAAAUAUAAGCAUUACUCGCCAAGAGCACCAUUAACAUUAUUUAUUGGCUGUACUGAACAGCAACUCAUCGAUUAUGUCAUCAGAUCCAAUCCUUCUUCGGUUGGAUUAUUAACCACCAGACACUUUAACCAAAAAGAACUGGCCAAAACCUUGCGGCAGCUACCAGGACAUAUCACUGUUCAUGACAAGUCACUUGGUCAGAGCGGUGCCGAUAUUUCUCGAAAUUUAUUUGCAUCAUUUAGAGAAAUGGACGCGAAGGGGGUGGAUUUGAUCCUGGUAGAAGGAAUUGAUGAACAAAACGAGGGACUUGCGAUUAUGAAUAGAGCUCGCAAGGCUGCUUCGACUGUUAUUUCAGCUUGA